AUGGUAGUGAGACCAGCCAUGUUAUAUGGAUUGGAGACUGUGGCACUGACGAAAAAACAGGAGGCAGAGCUGGAGACAGCAGAGUUAAAGAUGCUGAGAUUUGGGUUGGGAGUGACGAAGAUGGACAGGAAUAGGAACGAGUAUAUUAGAGGGACAGCCCAGGUUGGACAGUUUGGAGACAAAGCAAGAGAGAUGAGAUUGAGUUGGUUUGGACAUGUGCAGAGGAGAGAUGCUGAGUAUGUUGGGAGAAGCAUGCUGAAGAUGGAGCUGCCAGAAGAACAGGAGAAGAUGAGCAUGAAUCUCUCUGACACGGGCUCUGACAGUGACACAGACAUCAAGGACAAUUUCACUGCAUCUAAUGAAAAGCAAGAAAAUGACCUACCUGACUCAGUGCUUACUUACUUUAAAGCUUCAAGUAACAGAGUAAAUACUUUUGAGCAACUCAUCCUUGAAGAUCUUGAUGAGCUCGAGACCAUGUGUCACAAGAUGUUCAGCCCGAGUCAGGAUGGUGAUCUUCUGAAUGAACAAGGCUCUAAUCAUGAUGAGGAGCCAUUAAAGCUGAAGGAAAGAAUAAUGUCUGAAAUUGGAGAGGAAGUAGGCCUCCCGUGUGAAACUCACGACUUGAAUGGAGAUUAUGAUGCUGAAUAUAACACACACAAGGAUUCUGAAAGACAGCUCAUGUUUGAAUGGAGAAAGUUAGAGGAGCGACUGGGGAAAGAGGAGGAGCAGAGACUGGCCGAGCUCGAGGCUGAAAGGGAACAGCGUCUGAAAUCGGCCAGAGAAGAGGAGGAGAAGACGAGGUGCAGAAGUGAGCAGUUUAAGGAGGAGUUGAGGAGAAUCAAAGCAAAUAAUCAGGUAAAUCUUCAACUUGAAAUGGUUAAACAGCAGGAGCUGAUCAAGAAAUUGGAAGAACAGAUAGCAGAAGAGAGGCGAGUUUUCGAGGAAAUACAGCAGGAAGAGAGGAGGAGAACUGAGACACGGUGCACUGCGGCAGCCACAAAGUUACAGGCAGCUUUCAGAGGCACACUGGUGCAUCGCUGGAGCAGAAAAAAGCUGACCAAGAGGAGAGAAGAGGAGAGGAAGAGGCAGGAGGAAAAGGCAGAAAGAGAAAAGAGAGAGUGGGAGGAAAGGAUGAAGAUGGAGUGGUUGAUGGAGAGAAGGAGGGUGGAGCAGGAGGAACAGCUUCACAGAGAAGAGGCAGAUAGGAGGAGAGCCGAGUAUGAGAAAGCUAAGGAACGAGAGCGCCAUCGCCUGGAGAGGGAGCGCAACCUGGAGGAGCAGAGAAGAAAAGAAAAGGAAGAAGCAAAGAGGGUAGAGGAUGAAAGGAAAAGAAAGGAGGAGGAGAAGCAGAAAAUGAUGGGACAGAGGAGAGUAGAAGAGGAAAUGAGAAAAGUAGAGGAGGAGGAGAAGAAAAUUAAAGAGGAAAAAGUAAAAAGAAUUGAGGAUGAAUCAACAGAAAGGAUAGAAGAGAGGAGCAUGGAGGAGGAAAGGAGAGAAGUCAAGGAGGAUGAGGAGAAGACGAAAAGAAAGGAUGAGGAGAAGCAGAAAGAGACCGAAGAGAGGAGAGUGGAGGAGGAGAGGAAAAGAAAAGAAGUAGAAGACGCAAAGAGGAUUGAGCAUGAAAGGAAAAGAAAGGAGAAGGAGAAAAGUAUGGAGAUCAGGAGAAUGGAAGAGGAGAAUGGGAAGGUGCAGGUGGAGGAGGAGAAGGAAAGAAAAAAGGUGGAAGAAGCAAAGAGAACAGAGGAUGAAAGAAGAAGAAAGGAGGAGAAACAGAAACUAAUGCAUGAGAGGAGAGUGGAGGAGGACAAGAAAAGAAAGGAAGAGGGAGAGGAAAAGAGGACAGAUGCUGAAAUAAACAGAAAGGAGGAAGAGGAAAAGCAGAAAGGGAUGAAUGAAAAAAGAGUGGUAGAAGAGUUUAGAUUAAAGCAAGAAGAACAAUGUAAAGAGAAUGAAACGAAGCAAGUACAGAAAGUGCAGAGAGAGAAACUUAAGGAAAAGGACAUCAAAGGAGAGGAAACGGUAAUGAAGAGAAAUGACGAUGGACAGAAUACAGAGGAAAGAAGCAGAAAUAUAAUUAAGGACAAUGUAAAUGGACUUGUUGAUCAGAGAGAAAAUCCAGAGACUGACAAGGAGAGCAAGGAUGCUACAAAAUGUGGAAAAGAUGAGAAAUCUAGUGAUAAUGUUUCCCAGUUAUGUCUUUCUCAGUCAGUCAAUAUGUCCAAAAGUUUCUUAGCCAGGACUCUGUCCUCUAGAAAUGGGCAAAAUGAGCAGCUCAGCUGCCACACAGUAUCAGCCCUGUCCACUCAGUCCGCUGAUGACAGCAGUGUAACAGCGAGUCCACCUGAAGAGAAAAGUGUAACAGACCCCAGAGGGCUGCAGAGUGCUGUGGAUGACUCGAGCUCUGCAUGUCUGCCUGACAGCGCUGAGGAGAAGCGAUUAGCCUGGAUGAUGAACUGCACUCCCUGGUCCGAGCUCUCCAUGCAGAACAAGAGGAAAGGGUGUGUUGUUCCACAAAGGAGGAGGGCAUGUAGGAGAGCUUCAAGACACAGCCUGCUACCUUUACCUGUGGACACUGUUCUCACGUCCGGACCCUGGAGCUCUCUAAAACAGGUGACUUCAGUAACUCUGGAGGAUUUGUCUGGCUGCAGUCUCUCCACACUGUCCGAGUGUACCAGACUGCAAAGUCUGAUGCUCAGGCGAUGUAGACUUCAGGCCCUGGAUGGACUUAACGAGUGUGCUGAACUUCAGCAUAUUGACGUACAGGAAAACAACAUCGCAUACGUUGACUGUGGGGGUCUGACCAGACUUAAGGUCCUGCUGUUGGGAAAGAACCAGCUUACAAGCAUCCACGGUCUGGAUGAUGCUGUUAACCUGACUGUGCUUCAGCUUUCCCAUAACAUCAUCUCCCACAUUGGUGGUUUGGGAACUCUGAAAAAACUUCACCGGCUGACAGUUGAUCAUAACCAGUUGAUCAGCACGAGCGGACUCAGUGAAGCUUACACGCUUUUGCAUCUGGAUUGCUCGUUUAACCACUUCAACCGUGUGGAAGGCCUGGAAAACUGUGCACUGCUCAACAUGCUGGACCUGAGAGGAAACAACCUGACAGAGGUGCCUGCGCUUGAGAACCAUGUCCUGUUGAGGGAGCUAUAUCUGGAUGAUAACAGCAUCUGCUCUCUGCAUGGCUUGGAUAGCUGCUGGCUGCCUCUGCUGCGCUGUCUGUCUGUGCCUCAGAACAGUAUCACCCAGCUACCACUGCUUGUGGACUUGCUUUCACUGAAAACACUUAAUGUCAGUCACAACUGUCUCUCAGAGCUGAGGAACAUUUGUAUGAGUCUUCAGGGAUGCACUCAUCUUCAGGAGCUUAACAUAGCUGACAAUCCUGUACAGCGGGAGAAUAACUGGAGGUCUUCUGUUCUGGCAGUAAAUCCAAGCUUGAUAAAGCUGAACGGAGAGCAAACCGGCGCCUCAGGAACACUCUCUGCAGACUCAACACAGCUGUGGAGCUUUCAGGCUCUCUGCCAGGCACACCAUGAUCAGCUUGAAUCAGUACUACAGAGACACAGCAGGGAGAUCAGCUCAGCUCCGUCUGCACUGCAUGCUCAGCUCCUGGUUGGUAAACACGCUGCUGAGCUGUUUCAGUUGGCUGAAAAACAACGCUAUGCUCAUGAGUAUGGAGACAGCGGUAUCUGUGAGACAGCCAUGCAAGAACCUGUGACCUCCAGCCACUUGCAGGAAUUAUCUGACUGCGAUUUAGCACAGGAGAAAAGUGCUGAGGCCAAUGCCCAACAACCAGCAGCGCACAACACUCAGAGCUUGCAAGCAGCACAUCUGCCGAAUCUUACCCACAAAUGCCAGCCUCCAUCUGGUGAUCAUAAUGCUGAAUGUGCAGGGAGCUGCAUGAAUCCUAGCCAGAAAUUCAGGGACACACAACCAAGUGAAGACAGACACAGCAGAUACGGUGUCCAGGCAUCCAGGAUGGACCUCAAAACAGUGGCAGUUACGGUGAUCCAGCGCUGCUGGCGUGAAUACAGACAGAGGAGAUGCACGGGCCAUUUAGAGCCACCUGCAAAAGCUCAUGCAAGAUUGAGUCUUCAAAGAGAAGUGAAAUCCUGCAAAACCAGGCCCGGGUGUCUUAAUAAGGACUACGCUGCCACUGUCAUUCAGGCAGUAUGGAGGGGCUACAUGUUACGGAAGAGGCUGAGUCGUGCUCUCAUGCUCACCCAGAUAUCAGAAGGAGAUGAGGCCUUUCAGGAGGUGGACAUGGAUGAAUUCAUUUUUGAUGAGGAAGCCAUAGAGAGGGACUGGAUUGCUCUGAAUCCUGACAUGUCACCGUCCUCAGUGCUGCCGUAUUCAGAAGAGCUGCCGCUGCCAAAGCCUCUGCUUCCUCUGCCUGAGCUUCAUAAGAGUGCAUCUGUGCAGCCAUGGAAGCCCAGACAGGCCUGGAUUAGCGAUGAGGAAGCACCAGUGUCAGAGCGGAGUCAGUCACCUGAUCCAAGCACCAGAAUGCAAUCUCCAGCGUUGACACUGGGAAAAUGUUCUUUAUCCGCAAGAUAUGAAAAAAUUCUGCAAGAAUGGGGUUUUAACAAUGACUCCACUGCCCAUCUUAUGCUAAAGAGGGCUCAGAGGAUGAAGGCCAGGAAACAGCAGCAUCAGAGAAAAUUACUAGACCCAGUGGUACGUUUGGCUGUGUUCAGGAACCACAACAUGCCACCUGUAGCCAUGACGAUCCAAAGAUCCAGACCUGAAUUCAAAGAGGAAAUUAAAGCUGACAAAGGAGAUGCGAGUGUUCAGAAGGCACUGAGAGGAGAGCCAGAGCAAACACAGAUGCAAACACAGACAGGCCACAAAACCUACCAGUGGCUCCAAACCCAAGCCAUGCCGAGCUGGGGAAGGUCUGCCCCCUCCAAGAGUGAUCAUUUCCUCCCGGAGAUUGACCCUGAAAUUCUGACUAGUGGAAGGGUUCAGCUUGUGGCUUCUACAGGGUACAGAGAAACUCCAGAUUCGACCAUGAGGCAGUGGGCUGAUGGCGCUGGUUUCCCUUCACCUCGAAACCACCAGGAUCGCACUCAGACACACUCGGCUGGACAUGCAAAAAAAGAAGUGCUGUCUCCUCAAAGAGUCACCUUGGCUCCACCUCAAAAGGAGAGGAUCUCAUUCCGAGUCAAUCCAGUGCAGCUGAGUGGUGGCUGGGGAGGAGGCAAGAAGAGAUCGAAAGCAAACAAGUUAAAAUAACCUUACUGCAAGAAAUAGACAAUAAGUUUUCCAAUGCCUUGUACAUUUAUUUACCCAUGUGGCUGUAUGCAUGUUCUGAGGAUGAUGGAUAUGUGUGUUUUUCGCUAAAGCGCUUAUGCCCUUUAAACCCUAA